AUGAUCGCUGAUGACGGAAAACCAGAUCCGAAGUCUCUGGUGCUGAACUUUUCCAGUGAUGAUGAAGAUUCAGCCACUGAGGCAAAUAUUACCUAUUCAGAAGAAGAAGAGGAGGAGAUAGCUACAAGCGAUACAGAAGAGGAUCAAGAUUUGCCGUACUAUGAGAGAGCUGUCCGUGAAAUUGCCAAAGGUGACUUGUACACUUGUAUGAUCUGUACAGUGGAAAUGGAUUAUACCUGCAAAAUGUUUGCCUGCAGAAAGUGCUACCGUGUAUUUGAUUACGAUUGUGUUAGGGAGUGGGCCAUUAAAUCUACUGACAAGACUGUUGAUAGAAUAUGGAAAUGCCCAAACUGCUAUCUUGUGAAUAAGAAAGUGCCAACGAAAAACAGACCUACUUGCUGGUGUGGCAAAGUGGUAAAUCCAGAACCGAACCCACUGGAUCCAAAUUCCUGUGGACAAACAUGUGAUGCAAAGAUAUGUAUCCAUGGGUGUUCCAAGAUUUGCCAUUUAGGUCCACAUCCGGAAUGCCUCAGAACCACCAGCGUAAAGUGUAGAUGUGGGAAAGCGACAAAGGAAAUCCCCUGCUUUGAAACGAAAGGCAGAAGAGGUAGGAAUUUGUUUCAAUGUAAUGAGCCAUGCAACUCACUAUUACCUUGUGGUAUACACAGAUGCCAAAAGAUUUGCCACUCGGGUCUUUGUGGAUCUUGUCCCGAAAAUUUGACAGUAAAAGAGGGCGAUGACGUAUCGAUCAGCUGUUAUUGUGGCCAGCAUACGCGUAACUCAAUUAAAUGUAAAGACGUUAAUGUGACUGGCAGAAAAUCUAAAAAUGCUAACGGUGACGAGUGGAUCGGCGUGUAUGCAUGUAAAGACAUUAGAAGUGUGGAGUAUUCGUGCCGUCAACAUUCCUUCUUUGAAGAGUGUAUUGCUCCUCCAACCGUUACAGGGACCAAGAGGUGUCCGUUCUCCCCGAAAUAUCUGAAAACUUGUUCAUGUGGAAAAACUCCACUGCAAGCUCUAGGUAAAGCUAGGCGUCGGUGUAUUGACCCAAUUCCUCAUUGUGAGAGUCGCUGCGAUAAAUUAUUAAAAUGCGGUAAACAUACAUGCCCAUUCCAAUGCCAUGACGGACCCUGUAUGGACCCGUGCAUACAAAUUGACAAAGUCAAAUGUGCUUGUGAAAGGAACACCUUCCUUGUUCCCUGUGGAUUCCAAGGUGCCCCACACUGCCAACUGAAAUGCGAAUCACUGUUAUCUUGCCGGAGACAUAAAUGUGCCGAGAGGUGCUGUUCUGGGAGGCCAGCUGCUGAGGAAAGACGGAAAAAUAGCUCCCGGUUUCAGGAUGUUAAUGAUGAAACCUUGAUGGAGGCUGAACACGUUUGCUUAAAAGCUUGCAACUUAACGUUAUCCUGUGGACAACAUCAAUGCCAGAGAAAAUGUCACCCUGGAAAAUGUCCACCAUGUCUUGAAAGUGACUCCAAUGAUUUGGUCUGUCCAUGUGGCAAAACGAUUGUACCGGCACCUGUGAGAUGUGGCACCAAGCUCCCCUCUUGUCGCCACCCAUGUAUUAAAGUGGUGGAAGGUAUUUCAGAAUGUGGGCACAAACCGAUUCCACAUGCUUGCCACCCGCUAGAUCAGCCGUGCCCUCCUUGUACGGCCACUGUUUUCAAACCGUGCAAGUGUGGUAAAAACUCGAGAGUGAGAACAAUAUGUUUCCAAAAAGAUGUCUCUUGUGGCCAGACAUGUGGGAAGCCGUUACCAAAUUGUCACCAUUUCUGCCAAAAGACAUGUCACUUACCUGGUCAAUGCCAGGCUACAUGUAAGCAGGUUUGCAACAAGCCUCCUGUAAACUGUGCUCACAAAUGCCGUAAAUCAUGCCAUGGAAGACUAACGUGCCCCGACAUCCUCUGUAUUGCACUGGUAAAGAUAAGGUGUCCAUGCGGUAGAAAAGAGGUUGAGGUAACUUGCGGUGCAACUUCUACUCUAAGCUCCAGCUUGUUUACUGAGCGCUUAGAAUGUGAUGAAGAAUGUGAAGCAUAUACGAGGCACAGACAACUAAAAGAAGCGUUUGGUAUUACAGAUAAAGUUGCCAAUGGCUCCGCAAUGAAGGAAAAGGAAGGUACACGGCUGGAGGGUCUUGCCAGCAAGGCUACCACUUUUGAAGAACUUCAAUUUCCGUUUACCGAGUCCACAAUAUCAACUUAUAUCAGACAAAACAAAUGGUGUGGAGAGAUUGAAGAAACCUUGAACAAUUUCAUGGAUAAUGAAGGAAAAUCGAGUUUACAUUUCAAGCCGAUGAAACCUCCGCAGAGACUCUUCAUUCGCGAAUUGGCGAAGGCUUAUAAUUUGUAUUCCGAGGCGCAAGACCCGGAACCGAAGAGAUCUGUUUUUGUCAAGAAAAAUGACGAUGGAAGCAGUGCCAAACCAAUAUUUUCGUUGAGUGAAAUUGCCCCAUUGUAUCAGUCGUUUAAACUAUUGGAAAAGGAGCGUAAGAUGCAAGACUUUUUAGCCAAAACCACCACCCACUUGAUUAAUGUAAAACUAAACGACGAUGUUGCAACCGGUGCGCAACAUAGUGGCCAAAAUAACGCGUUCUUGAUCAAAAAUAUCAGCGCCGGCACCACUUUGCAAGAUUUGAAGAAUCUUUUCGGAAAGUACAUGGAGAAAACGCUGAUUCGAAACCCUCAAUAUCAGGAGUUACCAGAGGAAAACUCUGCAAUUGUGUACCCGGAAGAUUAUCGUACCAUUAGUGCUAACGCUGUCAACGAUAUGGAAAAUUUAGUGGGGCACAUCAACUUCAUAGUCAAUGACGCGUUUUUAGCAGACUCUGCGGAAUUAUGUGAUGCGUCCUCAAAAUUGCCCGAAGAGAUAUCGGAAAACGACAUAUCUGAGCGGCUGGAAACGCCCGAGGUGCAAGAACAAAACUGA